AUGACCGACAAGCAAGAGGCGGAGGACACCACCAGAUCCGCGUCCGGCAGCGCACCCUCACGACUCGGCCGGCCGCUGGGCGAGCGCCUCCCUGGCCCGAAGACCAGUGUGUGCUCCCGCUCGUACUUCGUGGUGGUGAUGGUGUUCUUCCACGUCUACAUCAUCAAUGUGAUCGCCCUGCUCUUGUACGUGCACUACAGCAGCGGACAGGAGGAUGCCAGGCCGGCUCCUCCUCACGACGAUGCCCCGAGCAGCGACAAGCGGAACCCACAGUCGCCGCGUCCACCAUCGAAGGCACCGUUGCCGCGUGACAUUUCUCUCCCGCGCAUCGAGGGCAUUCGAGUUGGACAUAUUCAGAAAGUGUCACUGGUGCCCGGUAAACUCCACGAAAUGAGAACUUUGAGUCUGAAACCUUUGCUCUUUGAAAUCCCUGGGUUCUUGUCAGAGGAUGAGUGUCGUAUUGUGAUGCAGCUGGCACAGUUAAAGGGUCUAAUGGAAAGUCAGUUAAUGGUGCAAGACGGUCAGGAGGAGUUGGCCAAGGAACUCAACCUCAGCCCAGAAGAGAUCUUCAACCUUCUUGAUAUCAACCAGGAUGGACAGCUGCAGCUCCAUGAGAUACUGACUCAUUCUCGAGUGAGGGAUGGCAUUUGGCUUACACCAGAGAAUUUGCAAGAGAUCUAUAUUGGGCUCAACGCAGACAAAGAUGGGAAUGGUUUGCUGAGUUUAGAAGAGUUUGAGCUCCUGAGUCCCGAUGCCUUCCAGCGCUUUUUGCUGCAACAGGGGGUUAAAAGGAGCCAGCUGGUGAGGAACAGUAGACACACUUGGCUAUACCAGGGAAAAGGAAGCCAUCAGGUCCUUCAGGACAUUAAGAAGAGGGUAACACGCCUCACCCGUCUCCCGACCACAUUGGUGGACCUAAGUGAGCCGCUGCAGGUGGUUCGCUAUGAAGAGGGCGGGCACUACCACGCUCAUCAUGACAGCGGGCCCUUCUAUCCAGAAACCGCCUGUUCUCACACGCGUCUCGCAGCCAAUGCCUCCACCCCUUUUGAGACAUCUUGCAGGUACAUCACUGUUCUCAUCUACCUGAACUCUGUUGAAGGGGGUGGGGAGACUGCAUUCCCUGUGGCAGACAACAGGACCUUUGAAGAAGUGUCUCUCAUUCAGAAUGAUGUCGAUCUUUUGGACACCAUGAGGAAUUGUGACAAGAGUAACCUUAGGGUGAAACCAACCAAAGGGAAAGCCGUUUUCUGGUACAACUACCUUUCGGACGGAAGAGGAUGGGUGGGAGAGCAGGAUGAAUAUGCUUUGCAUGGAGGUUGUGUUGUCACCCACGGCACUAAGUGGGUCGCCAAUAAAUGGAUCAAUAUUGAUCCCGAUUACCAGCGUCAAGCUCGCUACGAGCAGCUGGUAUCCCAUCAGCCAGAGGAUGAAGAUGAUGAAGAUCUGACACUGAAUUCCAAUAUACAUCAAGAAUUGUAG